UUCUCUCCGUCUCCAUUUCUCUCUAAACUUCAACCUUGAGUUGAUUUGACAUGCCUGAACCUUCCCCCAAGUACAUUCAACACCUCAACCGCACCAAACUCCUCAUGAAACCAGCACAAUUAGAAGAACACACCAUUAACAAGAAGCACCCCUGUCCCAGGCUCAUUCGAAUCCAUGUCACCGACGGCGACGCCACCGACUCCGACUCUGACUCCGACACACCCUCCUCCCAGAAGCGCCGCCGGGUGAAAACCUUCGUUCAUGAGGUCACCAUUGAAUAUCAAAACGCUGCUUCCAAGAAGAGAAGCAAGGCCAAACCCAGCACCGCCGGCGGUCAAGUCCGGCCAGCUCCGGUGGGAGUGUCCCCCGGCAAGAAAUUCAGGGGAGUGAGGCAGCGGCCGUGGGGGAAGUGGGCGGCGGAGAUAAGAGACCCCUGGCGGCGUGUGCGGCGGUGGCUGGGCACCUACAACACAGCUGAAGAAGCCGCCAUUGUGUACGAUAAAGCCGCCAUUGAGCUUCGCGGCUUUAACGCGCUUACCAAUUUCAUUCAGCUGCCGGUGGAAAAUAAAAACUCCGGCGAAGAAUGUGAAAACGUCAACCUGCUUUCUCCGACCUCUGUUCUUCAGUAUUCUGAGGAAACAACAGAGUCUGACAAUGGUGUUUUCGCUCAUCCCAUGAGAGAAUUAAACCAUGAAUAUGAAAACGAAGAAUCUGGGAAUUCAUGUGAUCAAGUUUCAGAAGAUAAGUUCGAAACAGAGUCAAUCUUUCCCGUUUCAAGUGAUGUGGAAUUUGACUUUGAGAUUCAGAGUGCAAUGGAUAUAUUUGACAAUGCCCAUAAAACCAUAUGGGAAUGCAUGUUCUUCCCUGAUGACAAUUUCUCUGAUCAAAGCUUUGUCUUUUGCAGUGAAAGUUGUGAUUUCAGUUUCCCAAGUUGGCAUAGAGAUUAUGAUCAUUUUCAAGAUAUUGGGGAUUUUCUUGUUUCGGAUAACAGUUUUGAUUCCUUCAUUAAACAUGAUUCUCGUACUUGUAUUUCCAAUUAAAAUGAAACAAGUUUUGUAUUAGGAGGGUUGAAUUAUUUAGUUUUCA